CCAAGUCCGUUGGACGGGUGGGACGUGGGAUGGAUCGACAGAUCGUUCGGUGAUAUCGAUCGGCGCACAUCAAUUGCUGUCUGUCAGAUUAGAUCGACUGAUCCUCGCUCCGGAAUACUCUUCUCCAAGAAUCUCUCUGACGCGGAUUAUGUCCUCGCGAGUCUUGCCAUCGCGUUGCGUGGUCCACACGUAGCGACGCUAUACCGUAUAAUCGCAGGUCGUUGUAGCCGACGUUGUGUCGCAGUGGCCUCAUCGCAUUCAACCAGCUUCUCUAACUCUCUCUUCACUUCUUUGUUUCCUUCUCCCGUUUUACGGGAAAUUCUUUAACAAAUCGUGGGUCAUUUCGCUACCUCCUGGAUUUUUGAGGGCGGACGUGCUUGUUCCACGCGAUCCGCGAUGACGGAGACAAAUGGGUCCGCGAAUCUCAACACGAAGAACGGCAACUUCAUCUGCGGCGUGGUGGAAGGUUUUUAUGGACGCCCAUGGACCACUGAGCAACGAAAGGAUCUCUUCCAAAAAUUGAAGAAAUGGGGAAUGGACUCUUACUUGUAUGCGCCAAAAGACGAUUACAAACAUCGUGCUUAUUGGAGGGAUUUGUAUACAGUAGAAGAAGCCGAACAUCUGACUGGUCUAAUCACAGCUGCUAGGGAAUAUGGAAUAACCUUUUACUAUGCAUUAUCUCCAGGAUUAGAUAUCACAUAUUCUAGUUCAAAGGAAGUCACUGCUUUGAAGAGAAAAUUGGAACAAGUUAGCCAAUUUGGCUGUACAGCAUUUGCAUUGUUAUUUGAUGACAUAGAGCCAGAGAUGAGUGAAGCUGAUAAAGAAGUGUUCCAGUCGUUUGCACAAGCUCAAGUUUCUGUCACAAAUGAUAUUUUUCAACACCUUAGCCAACCUCGUUUUCUUCUGUGUCCCACGCAAUAUUGUGCGACGCGCGCGAUGCCGAAUGUCGCAUCUUCGGAAUAUCUCAACACUCUUGGAAGUAAACUAGCUCAGGAAAUUGAUAUAAUGUGGACUGGACCUAAAGUAAUAUCGAGACUUUUAACUGUGGAAUCAAUUGAAGAAAUUACAGAAGUGCUUAGGAGGCCACCUGUCAUCUGGGAUAAUUUACAUGCUAACGAUUAUGAUCAGAAAAGGGUGUUUCUUGGACCAUAUUCUGGUCGUUCUCCCGAUCUUAUACCUAAGCUUAGAGGAGUUUUAACAAAUCCAAAUUGCGAAUAUGGAGCAAAUUUUGUAGCAAUUCAUACAUUAGCUCAGUGGAGCAGAUGCAAUGUGGAUGGAAAAAGAGAUCCAAGUUUAAAUGAUACUGUAUCAGCUGAUAUUAAAUUAGAAACUGAGACAGAGGAUGGCGUUCUUGGUGAAGAUGUACCGUCUACGUUAUCACCGAAUAUGUAUCAUCCUCGACAAGCUCUGAAAAAUGCAAUAAGCGAAUGGUUAUUAGAGUUCAAUAAGAAAAAAGCAGCUUGGGGAGUAAUAGUCAAACCACAGCCAUGUGUUGCACCUACGAUACCUAUUCCAAUAAUUCCUUCCGUGAACACAUGUAUGAGUCUUACGUCGACGACAACGACCACAGUUGCUGCCACGUCCACGCCUGGGGUGAAUUCUAAUCAUCUUCAAGCAUUGGCCGAAGUUUGUUCAAGUGUAACGAGUAGCGAUAGCUUCGUGCAGCCUUCAUCCGGACCUGUGAUGAAUUCUCUAGUGUCGGAUAUAAAAGUGAUCAGUGAACCUGUUUUAACUACUGCGUUACCCACCAAUAUGAGCGGUGAACCACCUUCAACAGGAUUGUCUUCUAUAGAACCUAUGGACUGUAAUACGACGCCAAAUAAUUCACCGGCUCACAUAGCAAAAAUUUCAGCAGAGGAUGACGCUAUGGUAGAUAACUCUUCUACGUGCAGCGAGGCUUCCGGAAGUAUGCAGGUAGAAGUGGACGGCACUUCUCCUACGGUCAAUGGUACACAAAUGAUUAUAGAGAACGAUAGCGAAAAUCAUGAUGGUUCCGACAAUGCAGAUGCAGUACCACAGGAACUUGUGGACAUCGAUAAACAACUCACUCAUGAGGAUCUGUCGCUAUUAUGUGAUCUAUUUUAUUUGCCGUUUGAACAUGGGGGUCAAGGAAUUCAAUUGUUGCAAGAAUUUAAUUGGCUGAAAAGCAAUGCUUAUGUUGUUAUGAAGAAAUCCAACGAAGAAGAAUCAGCGUCUGCAUCAGACAUUGAAGAAUGGCAUCUUCGUGCAGCUAAAUUAAACGAUAUGUGCAAUGCAGUAAAUAGGUUAUUUCAAAGACUCACAUACUGUAAUAAUCGUGAAUUACUAUACGACCUGUACGCGUACGUAUGGGAUAUGAGGGGAGUUGUGUCUCUUCUAAAUAGUUACGUGAAGUGGCUGGCGUUUGGCAGAUUCCCAGCGACGAUGACGACGUUUACCCAGGGCAGCUACACAUGGUUUUCAAAUGGUUGGAAAGAAACAUUUAUGAGUGGAGAACAGGAACCCUGGGUUUUCCGUGGUGGACUUACGGCUGAUUUACAGAGAUUAAUCCCAGUUGACAGUGGCAACGACUUAUUCGUCUAUAAAGCACCGGAAGUGCCCAGUAGUAAAAUAUAUACAAUUCGACCGUAUGUACCGAGUGAUGAAGAAGCGGUUUAUGCGGUAUGCAAUCAAGUUAAUAACUGUACAACUUCGUCAGCUGUAGCAGACAAACUUAUCGGAGGAUUUCUAACAUUGAGUCCAGAGUUAUGUAUGGUUGUUGAGGAUGAAAAUGGUAUAGCAGGUUACGCAUUGGCUACACUGAAUAUAAAAUCUCACAAUCAGAAAAUGGCUGUUUCCUGGAUUCCUGAAUUACGAAUGAAAUAUCCCUUAGAUAAUAGUAUUAGCGAGUUGCCACAAAAUGUUCAAGAUGCCAUACAAUAUUUCCAUUCAUUUAUUCCGGACGUGUCGGAACAAUUGUGCAGACAGCAUCCGUCGAAACUUGUAUGCACUGUACUAUCAAGUGUGACAGAUCAGUCUAUUUGUAAACGUUUAAUAACCUGCGUUCUUGCAGCUUUAAGAGCAAAUGGUUCUUUCGGAGUGCACACGACGAUGUUAUCAACGGAUAAGGAAUCUCACGAAUUUUAUGGCAAACUAGGUUUCGUUGAUUUAAAUCCGGCACACGAGGAAUAUCCUGAAAUUAAAACUAUGUGUAGAAGUUUCUAACAGAGAAUCAAUGCUCCAAUGAUCCUCGUCAACAAAGUAUACUUGCUUGGACCAUCUCCUAGGAAAACGAUGAUUUCUUAGGAUAGCCCUCAAAACGCAGAAGCUAGUAAUAAAACUGACGCCUUUAAUCAAGAUUUUAAAAAAUAUAAACAUGCCAAUGCGACAAGUUAAAAGUGGACUUUUUUGAAAAUAGCCGAUCGAAAACAUCUGUAACAUUAUCUCUAAUAUAUUCGAAACAUAUUAGAAAUAAUGUUACUUAAUAUCGAGGUCUUUAAAUGUAUUUGAUACAAGUGUAUACAUGUGUAUAUAUAACACAUAAUUACUAUUAAUUUUUAAUCUGUUAAUUUCUAUCAACAAUUUUUUUGUUAAAAAUAGAUUAAUAAUCAGAUCAGAGAUUAAUAAUCAAAUCAAUCGUCUUUUAGUAUAACAUAAAUUACAAUCAUUACUUUAUUAACAAUUAUACGUACAUGAUAUUACUGCUAUAUGUAAUAUUAUUGUGGCAUAUACCAUAUAGCUUUGUAAUACUAAAUUGGUUUAAAUCUGGUUGGAAUUCUUAAACAUGGUACAUAUAUUAAAUUCUUAAUAUAUGUGUGAUGAAAUGCCAGUGUGUUCAUUAAUAAAUCGUUAAAUUUUCAAAUUUAUUAAAGUAUUUUCUUAUCAAAAUGAUACAUAAGAAUGACUGAAUACAGUUUUGAAGCGCACUUUCUUUUAAGCGUUUUAAAACUUUCUUUUAAACGAAUGUAAGAAAUGAGUGUGAAAAAUUAUGAUUUAGAUAUUAAAUAUGUAGUUCUAAUCUAUAUAUGAUAAUUAGAUGUAUAUUAUGUAUGACUAGAUUUUGUAGUGUUUACUGCUCAAUUACAAACUUGUAAUAUAUAUUGAAAUUUUCAGCAGUAAGAUUUACCUAGGUUUUAUGUGUAUGUAUAUAAAUUCACAUACAUAGUUUUUAUUUUGAAUUAUCUCGAUUGGCUCUAGAGUUGAUUUUUAUGUAUAUACGUAUAUAAUAUCUUAUGUAAUGAAUGAAACUACGAAAUGUGAUAUGUAAAACAUUUGCAUAAAAAAAUUACUUUGUAAUCCAUUAUUAUUGGACAUAAGCAAAAUAUAUAAUUAAAUGUUCUUUUCUACAUUAAUUAUUCCAUACAAAUAUUACUUUAAUUAAACAAAAGUUGAAAAUGUACUAUGAAAUAAUAUAGAAUUGGUAAAAGAAAAAAAAUUUAUGUUAAACUUUAUGUUAAUACAAUAAGUGAAUACAAAAUAGAAUGUUGUAAUAAGAAUAAUAACGUGCAUUAUAUAUGUAAGAAAUAUUCGAGUGACCUUUACUUACUAUGUCUCUACGAAGGUAUUAAUGAAUUCACUAUUAACUGCACAAGUUAAAUACAUAUAUUAAUGUAUGAAGUGUAUAGAAUUAAUAUAAAAAAUAACUUAUAAGAUUA